UUAUCCCUUUCUCUGAAAGCAAGCAAGCAAGCCCCAAACGCACCCCUAAAAUGUCGAAACUGGAUUCCGCCGUCGAGCUCGAUUUCUUCGGCAUGGAGAAUCAGGCCGCCGCUAAGCCUCCACAGCCUCCCAAGCUCUUCGAGCGCCGCCGAAGCUUCCGCGAUAUUCAGCAUGCGAUUUCGAAGAUCAAUCCGGAGGUCGUGAAGAACGUGAUUGCUUCCGCCUCUGCGAAUUCGAAGGAGGAGCCGCGUCUCUUCCCGGCAUUGCCUGUUUAUGCGCCAGCUUCCAGGACUACUACUGUGUCCUCCGCCGAGAACGGCGGUGGCGAAACGGCGCCGUUGACUAUCUUCUACGACGGAACCGUUUCCGUUUUUGACGUCCGCCGUCUCGAGGCGGAGAAAAUUAUCAAGCUUAUUCAACAAGAAAGCCUCUCUAAAACUGCUGACUCGGCUGAUUCCAACCUCGCAAAUACCGAUGGAGAUCUGCCAUUACAGAGGAGGAAAUCUCUGCAAAGGUUUCUGGAAAAGCGCAGGUCAAGGUUGGUUAUGGUGUCACCUUAUGGUUCUCCGUCUGAGUAUGCAGUCUCAGGCGACACUGCACUAGGGAGCCAAGCCUAGAAGGAGGAAAAAUGUGCAGUGGUACUGAUGAUGAUAAAGAGGACAACUUUGACUUUCUUCUCGAGCUUGUCUAGUUGUCUUAACUAAAAUAACGUGGAUGUUCCUUUUUAGUUACGUUCUUUUUUAACAGUGCUUGUUGCCUUGUUAGAACUUAAAUCGCACGUUUAAGUAUUGUUUUUGUUUUUGUUUUUCUUUUUUAAGAAAAUGUUUGUACCCACUGUAUAUACGUGGUACUCUUUUAUCGGGCUAUGUGCACCUUUGUCAACUACUA